ACGAUCUCUCUCUCUCUCUCUCUCUCUCUGCGCCAUUGGGAUUGACAUGGUUCUUCUCACCUGAUUUUGUACUUGGGAGUACUUGUGCUUUUCUUAAGCGUUGGUGGGUACGCUGUAGGGUAACACAUGCACCACGGGUCGUAUCCUCCACAUGGAUAUCCUCCGCAGGGGUAUCCACCGGGGUAUCCACCGGGGUAUCCACAAGGUGGAUUCUCGAGCUAUGCUACUGGGUACAAUGAGGGGCAAUACAUGCACUGCGAGUCAUAUCCUCCUCAUGGAUAUCGUCCGCCGGGUGGAUAUCCUCUUGCCGGUUAUCCUCCUCCGCCUGUAGCUUAUCCACCGGCUGGGGGAUAUCCACUAGCUGCUUAUCCCUGUCCUUCAGCUUCAUAUCAUUCAGGGCACGGUCCUGGUAAGGGAGCAAUGUUAGCUGGGGGCCUCGCUGCUGCAGCCACUGCUUAUGGGGCACACCACAUGUCUCAUGGUGCUCAUCAUCUUGGACACGGGGCUUCUUACGGCCAUGGUCAUGGAAAGUUUAAGCGCGGAAAGUAUGGAAAGGGCUGGAAACAUGGCAUGUUUGGGAAGUACAAGGGCAAGCACUUCAAAAAGUGGAAGUGAAUCAUCACAUCUGUCCUGCUGGGGGACUGUUGUUGGCUUUCGACUGUUACUCAUAUGACCGAGUGGUUCUAUUAUGAUCCAUUCGUGGGAUAUAAGUGUACUACGUUUAAGUACUGAAUAUGCUUCCUGUGUUGUGUGUAUCUAUGACUGGUUGCUCUCUUUAAGGAUUUGGGUCGAGCAUUUUAACAAUGUCAAUUUGCUUACCGAUUUGAGAUAUCUGUUAAAUCGCUGUUUGAUCAGCUUAUUGUAUGAUGAAGUUUAAGAGCUUUGCUCUACAUAAUGAAAACAAUUGAAGA